AUGGUCAACGAAGACGCGGUCAGCGCCAUCAACGCCGCCCCGGCCCCGGCCAAGGUCGCUGAUGAGAUCGAUGGGGAUGAGGAGCUGUUGCCGGCCACAGAGCCAGUGAAGGAAGAGGCUGCCGUCAAGGACAAGAUUCCAUCGGCUUCACUCUGCAAGCUGUUUUCCAUGAUCGAAGCUGUGGACGCGGUGGUGCUCUUCUUCGGCGUCAUAGGUGCUGCCGGAAACGGCCUGGCGCAGCCACUGAUGUGCAUCGUGUUCGGAGACCUCAUCGAUGGCAUGGGAAGCAACGCCGUGGGGCUGUCGCCGGAGAUGCUUGCGGCAGGCAUGGAGACUAUGAUGACAAAGAUGCAGGAACUGAGCAUCACCAUGUGCCUCGUGGGCCUUGGCUCCUUCGUCGGAGCCUCGCUUCAGGGGUCUUGCUUCAAGAUCUUCGCCGAACGGCAGGCGCUGAAAUACCGUUCUUUGUACUUCGACGCAGUACUGCACCAAGACGUCGGCUGGUUUGACAAGAAGGAGAUUGCUGCGCUCCCAGCGGAGAUCAAUGAUGACCUUGAGAAGAUUCAGGAUGCUUUCGGUGACAAGUUUGGCAAUGGGAUUAUGUCUCUGGCAGCAUUCUUUGGCGGCUUUGGCUGUGCAUUUGGCAUGGGCUGGCUGAUCGCCCUUGUGAUGUGCGCCAUCCUUCCCUUCAUGGGAGUUGGCGCCAUGGUUAUGGGCCAGGCAAUCCAGGAAAUCAUGCUGGAGUCGCAGAGCUGGUAUGCCAAGGCGUCAGCUGUUGUUGAGGAGUGCCUCUACGCCAUGCGCACGGUUGUGGCCUUUGGUGGAGAGCACCGCGAGCUGAAGAAGUUUUCGGCGGCCUUGGUCCACACUCGGCGUGGGGGCAUCAGGAACGGCUUCAAGGUUGGCAUGGGCAUGGGCUACACGAUGAUGAUCGUUUUUUUGGGCUACGCUCUGGCCUUCUGGUUCGGCAUGACGCUCCGCUACCACGACCAGAUAAACCCAGCCACAGGCGAGCUGUGGAAUCCCGGCACCAUCAUGUCCAUCUUUUUCUGCAUCUUCAUCGGGAGCUUCAUGAUUGGGAACCUCGACCCGAGCUUGAAGGCCAUGAAGGCGGCGCAAGCCGCAGCUGGGCGUUUCUACUCCGUCUUCAACAGCAAGCCCGUGAUCCAGUGCCGACUGCAGGACACGCGAGAGGGCAUCGACAGCAUCGACAGUUUCGAAUUCAACGAUGUGCACUUCACUUACCCGGCACGUCCGGAUGUCAAGGUCCUCAACGGCCUGUCCCUGACCAUCCAGCGGGGCCAGAAGGUCGCCUUCGUCGGCGAAUCCGGCUCUGGGAAGUCCACGGUCAUGGCCCUCUUGGAGCGGUUCUACGAUCCCGACUCCGGCAAGGUUCUGGUCAACGGCACGGACAUGACAUCCUUCAAGGUCAGUGCCCUGCGGCGUUGCAUUGGUUAUGUUGGUCAGGAGCCGGUUCUCUUCGCAAGCUCAAUUCGCAACAACAUCAUGCAGGGCAAUCCGGAGGCCAGCAAGGAGGACUUCGCCAAAGCCUGCCAGGAUGCCCAGCUGGACUACGUGGAGAGCCUGCCGGACCAGUACAACACCUUCGUGGGUGCUGGCGGAGGGCAGCUAUCGGGAGGUCAGAAGCAGCGCAUCGCCAUCGCCAGGGCUUUGCUCAAGAAAGCUUCCUUCCUCUUCCUGGAUGAGGCUACAAGCGCACUGGACAACGCAUCAGAAAAGAUGAUCCAGGCAACCAUCGACAACAUCAGCAGCAACAUGACAGAAGGUCUGGGCAUUGUCAGCAUUGCCCACCGGCUGUCGACUGUUCGUAACGCCGACCUGAUCUAUGUCCUCAGCCGGGGCUCGCUGGUCGAGCGGGGGGACCACAAAUCCCUGAUGGAGAAGAAAGGCAUGUACUAUGCCUUGGUGGCGGCGCAGGAGUCCUCCCACAAGGCAGAUGAAGACGAGAACCUAGACACUGAGUCCAGUGGCAGCUUUGAUCAUCGAAGGAAACAAUCCACCGUGUCGGAAGAGUCGGAGACUGCUCGCAAAGCGAAGGAGAAGCAAGCAGAGGAAGAGCGAGAGAAGGACAUCGUCAAAAACUACAAGGUCCCCAUGAUGCGCUUGCUGAGCUACAACAAGCCGGAGUGGCCCUACUUUGUGCCUGCGGUCCUUGGUGCGUUGGCUGAUGGCGCUUCGAUGCCAAUAUGUACGAUUGCCCUCGUGGGCUCCAUGGAGGGCUUCUUCAAGACAGACAAGGAGGCCAUGAGAGCUGACCUCGAGCUCAUGGCCAUUAUUUUCGUCAUCAUCGGUGUCAGCAACCUGGUUGCCGCGACAAUUUCACACGGCUGCUUCUCAAUUCUGGGAGAGGCCAUGAGCCAGCGCCUUCGCAUUGCCAUCUUGACGGACAUGUUCCGCCAGGAGGUAGGCUUUCACGACGAUCCCACGCACACGCCCGGGAUGCUGUCGAAAGCCCUUGAGCUGUGGGCCUUCCGCGUCACCGUGCUGUGCAAGUCCGUGCAAGCCAAGGCUGGGGCAAUGGCAUCGCUUGUGGUUGGCCUCGUCAUUGGCUUCGUUUACUGCUGGCAGAUGUCUUUGGUCAUGCUUGGUUCGAUUCCCAUCAUGGUCAUCGCCAAUGCCAUCCAGAUGGUCGUUCUGAUGGGCGCUUCCAAACAGGAGAAUUCCAACCUCACGAACGCCCAGCAGAUCAUCGUCGACUCUGUCAUGAACGCCAGGACUGUUCAGGCCCUGGGGGUGGAGAAGUCCCUGGUCUCCCUGUACAUGGGUUGGGUGAAGAAGUCAUCUGUGGGCAUGUGGAGCCGCAACAUUCUUGCUGGCUUGGGCUUCGGUGUGGCCAACGGCAUCAUGUUCCCCGUGAUGGCGGGCGGCUUCUACGUGGCUUCAAUCCUCAUCCGCGACGGAACUGCCGACUUCAAGGGGGUCAUGAUGGCUUUCAUGGGUGUCUUCUAUGCUGGUAUGGGGGCGGGCCAAGCUGCCGUGAUGGCGGGCGAUGCGACGAAGGCGAAGGUGGCGUGCCACGACAUGUUCAAGCUGAUGGACCGAGUUUCCCAAAUCGACGGCCUAGAGCCAUCAGGAGAGGAGCCCAAAGAACUCCAAGCUGGACACAUCGAGUUUCAGGAUGUCAAGUUCUUCUAUCCUUUCCGCCCAGAGAUCCAGGUCCUGAAGGGCAACCUGGUAGUCAAAUCAGAGCUGUUUCCUUGGUCCGAGCCCUGCUCUGUUUCGAUCAAUACCCCCUCCCCCGACCAAAGCAUCAACUUCACCAUCUCUGCGGGAAUGUCCGUGGGCUUGGUUGGGCCAUCUGGAGGCGGCAAGAGCACAGUGAUGUCCCUGAUCCAGCGAUUCUACGACCCCCAAGAGGGCAGCGUUUUCAUCGGCAAGGAGCGCUUGGCCCUGAGCAGUGUGAACAUUCGAUGGUGGCGUCGGCAGAUCGGCUUCGUGGGACAGGAGCCUGUGCUGUUCAACACCACCGUGAGGAGCAACAUCAUGUAUGGGCUGUCUGACGAUGAGCAGGUCAGCGAGGAUUACGUCAGGAAGUGCGAGGGCAUGUGCAACCUCGGGUUCCUGUACAAGAAUGGCAACAAAGGCCUCGAGACAGAAGUGGGUCCUCGAGGAAGCCGUCUCUCAGGUGGUCAGAAGCAGCGUGUUGCCAUCUGUCGAGCCCUCAUCCGCAACCCGCCGGUGAUGCUGCUUGACGAGGCAACCAGUGCGCUUGACACGCAAAGCGAAGCCAUUGUGCAGAAGGCGCUGGAGGCUGCGCGUGAGGGUCGCACCUCUUUUGCCAUCGCUCACCGCCUUUCUACAGUACAAGGUUGUGACAUCAUUCUCGUGAAUGCUGACGGCCGUGUUGUGGAAAGUGGCAAUCACACCCAGCUGAUGCAGCAGAAAGGAGUGUAUUACAAGCUCCAAAUGCAGUCGCAGAAAUGA